CAGAUCCACAGGACUUCUUAAAGCUAAUACAGCCUGCAAAUCUGAUAAAUACCAAAGCCUUUUUACCGCGCGUGUGUUCAUUAUAUCUCAGUAAAGAUUACAUCAGUUAAGCAAACCAGCGUGUCUUUCCUUGAGAUUCGGUAUAAACUUGAUGUGAAGCUGUGUCCACGAGACAGCGGAGACAUUAUAGUAAAAAGGCUUUUAAAACGUUAUCAGAAGCAGUUAAUCAGCUUUGAAUCGUCCGCAGCAGUAAAAAAGACUCAUAAAUCCUGUGCCCUGCAGUCUGUGUCGGAGUCAAGGCGCGAAGCACUAGAAAGUGAAACUAAUUCUCUCACGUGCUAUAACACCGCUGUGCUGUGUCCAGUCAUCAUCAUUAUCUGCGCUGCCAGCUAAAGCAAGAUGCAGAACCCAGAGAACAGCACUCUGACAGUUAACCCUCAAUGCUCCUAUAAAGAGGAAGACACCUUGCCAAGAAGUAGAUCUAGGUGCACAACAUUGUCUAGAGCGUCCAGUCAAACAAAUCUAACUUCGGUUAGCGCCGAUGCAUCAAGAUUUAAACGCCAUAGUUCUAGACACUCAAGCACCACCAGCCUGUCAUCCGCUAGCGCCAUAGCAACUAAGGCAAGAGCGAAAGCAGAGGCAGCUUGUGCAAUGGCGUCCUAUGCAAAGCAGGAAGCUGAAUUGAUGAAAGAACAAGCAAAAAGUGAAUCUGAAGCACUUAGAAGAAAAGCUGAAGUGCAAGCAUCUUUACACUUACUGCAACAGCAGAAAAACGCUGCAGCAGCCUUAGCCGAGGCAGAAGUUCUCACAAGGGCUGCCGAAGCUCAGUUCGCUGACAUAGAAACCCAGAUGUCACCCCUCAGCGCAAGCCAACGUACCCGUGAGUACAUACAGUCACAAGCAACCAUGUACACUGACCAGCAGUUCAAUGACACACCAAGGCCAUCAUUGACUCCACCAGCAAUAAGCAACUUUGAUACUAUGCAAUACUGCAAGACUGAAUUAGAACCUCAGGGUAGGAAGUCAAGUGGAUGCAUGCUCAGAGACCAAUCUGCCAACCUGACAAGAGUGCAAACGGAUGCGGAUUUACUCCCUCCUCAAGCAAAUACAAGUCUGGAUUAUAGCAGAAAGACUUGCAAUAGAGGAGAACAAAGCAGACUUAGUCAAGUACCUCAUCAGCCUUACCAGCCGCAGCCAUACCCUGAGUUUACACCCAGGAAGUAUUCACCAGAUGCAGCAAGAGCUACAGAGGUAGCAAGAUUCCUGAUGCGCCGUGAGAUAGUGAGCGCUGGUCUAAUGAAAUUCGACGACCGCCCAGAAAACUACUGGGCCUGGAAGUCUUCUUUCCUAAGCGGUACCCAAGACUUAGAUCUGACAGACAGAGAAAAGCUUGAUCUGCUCGUCAAAUGGCUAGGACCAGAGUCCACUGAGCAAACCCAAAGAAUCAAAUCAGUACAUGUUCAUGAUGCAACAGCAGGACUUGCAAUGAAUGGUCGUACAUCUUGUCUUUGCCCAUGUACCAACAGUCUACACAUUAAAGAGAGACUUGUUAACCCAACAUAUCAUCAGAGUAUCCAGAGGUGCAUGGAAGACUUAGCCUCAAUUGGAGAUACAGAUGAACUAGGAUGUAAGGUGUUUGAAAGAACACGAGACGACGACAAGCCAGCACCCUCUGUGGAAGAUACUCUCUUCCUUGAGAUCAUGGACAGAGAAGUUCCAAGCUCUACAGAAGGAUACAAGCGGUGGUUCAACUGUAAGGGAUCGCAGUUCGGUAUCAGCUUGUUUGAUAUGCCAGUUCUUUCGGAUUAUCUGUCUGAAAUAUUAGACAUAGGACUGUGUUCAAAUGAGAAAACAGCUCGGGUCAAUCCACCCUUCCUGCCGAUCCCCCUUCUGAACACCAGUUCUUCCCUGUCUUUCACUCUUGCCCUAGAGAAAGCAUCCUGUAUAAUCUGCUCAUUGUAA